CGCGGCCCUGAAGUAGAGCGGAGACGAGCCUCUAACCGCGAUCCUCGGGAGAGGCGGAACUGAGACCUUGCUCUUGACUAUCAUGUGACGGAUUCUGGAUUUUAAUGGGGGGAAAAGUGUGGAAAAGGCCAAGGUUCCAAACUGGCGAGCUACCGGUUCUUCGCGCCCCUCUCUGCCGUCCGACCAGCGGCGCUGCCAGGGUAUAUAUCCCUUUUUUCGACUCCGCAACAGCCUCUUUAAACUGUUUAAAUGAGAAUGUCCUUGGCUCAGAGAGUACUACUCACCUGGCUUUUCACAUUACUCUUCUUGAUCAUGUUGGUGUUGAAACUGGACGAGAAGGCACCUUGGAACUGGUUUCUCAUAUUUAUUCCAGUCUGGAUAUUUGAUACUAUCCUUCUUGUUAUGCUGAUUGUAAAAAUGGCUGGACGAUGUAAGUCUGGCUUUGACCCUCGACAUGGAUCCCACAAUAUUAAAAAAAAAGCCUGGUACCUCAUUGCAAUGUUAAUGAAAUUAGCCUUCUGCCUUGCACUCUGUGCUAAGCUGGAACAAUUCACUACCAUGAAUCUGUCCUAUGUCUUCAUUCCGUUAUGGGCCUUACUGGCUGGGGCUUUGAUAGAGCUUGGAUAUAACGUCUUUUUUGUGAGAGACUGACUUUGCAGGACAUCAUCUCAUUUUAUUGCUAUUCAACAAGCUAUCACUAAAAUGUUUUGAAUCAUUGCAAGCUCGAAGACUACCAGAGAACUGAGAAAAAUACCAAAUGUAGUUUUAUAUUGCAACCAUAAAAUAAUAGUCUUGGUGAAUCACGGACAUCUAGUCAAUCCAAAGCUUAAUUAUUCAGUGUUUGUGUUAUUACUGUCUUUAAUAUCCCUAUGUAAAUAAAGUAUGUUUUGGACUGUA